AUGGCGCUGCUGGCAGCAUCGAAGGGAGUAGCCACCGAGGAGCUGCCUCAAGCUGCCCCUACCACCACGCCAGCACCAGCGCCUCUGGCCCCAGCCCCCGCCCCAGCCCCAGCGCUGGCCGGAGCCGGCGGCCUACCACUUCCCUACCAGUCUCUCGGAGCCGCACCACCACAGCCAUUACCACCUUCUUCUUCUUCAUCAUCUUCCUACUCCUCAGCUCCGCCCCAGCAGCAGCCGCCAUCUUCGUCGUCGGCUGCACCGGUCGGGGGCUACCAGGCUCGCCCGCCACAGCCCAGCGCGCCCGCGCCCGCGGGCGCCUACAACCCACACGCGUCGCUGGUGGCCACGCUCACGGCCAUGUCCGCCCGCUUGUCGUCGGCGGCCCCGCCGGCACCUAUGGACGUCUCGGCCGCGAGUUACGAGCAGCAGCCCACAGCGUCGGCGCCGUCGGUGAAAAAGCCGCUGUUGCUGGGACGACGGCGCGAGGGCCUGCGCGGGCUGAGCGCGCUGCGAGGAACCGGCGCCAAAUCCUCCCUCCCAUCCAUGAGCCUCGCCCUCCCCAAGAAGAAGCCCGCCUCGCGCCCCGAGCGUACGUUGCCGCUGCGCCUUCUCAAGCUGCCCAAAAAUUUGGUGUCGGCCAAGCCGUCGGCGAGCGAGGGUGGACCACAGCGUGCGGCCCAGGGACCCACCACGGGUCCCAAGCAGGCCGCUAGGGCGCCGCCACAGGCGGGGGACAAGCGGAAGCUCGAAGCCCCCGCGCGCCCCGCCCCGCCCUCGGCCCAACCGCACCCGCGCAGCCGGACCGCCGCCCAGUCACUGGUGGCCGCCACCGCCGCCAUGUCGCCGCCUGCUGGCAUUGUCAAGCGAGCGCGGGUCGAACCGAUCGCGCCCAUGGACGAGUACGAUCCCCUGCUGCCAAUGGGCAGUUUCGACAGCCCGCUCAACCUGAGCGGCAGCGGCGAUGACGACGACAUGAUGAUGAAGACGAUGACGAUGCAGCUGCUUAAGCGGGUGCCGGCGACGACCACCGCCACGAAGGGCAUCAUGACGUCAUCCGCGAGACCAGCGGGCGCGCCUGGAGCCCAACGCGUGACCGUAUCGGCCGGGCAGUCACGCCCGACGGCGGCGGCGGCGGGCCAGAUACCCGGUUUUUUCCGGAAGAGGCCGGCCGAGCCCGAUGACGCGCCGACGGAGCGCGCGCUCGAGGUGAAGGGCGCCCAGCUCCAGCUCGCCGUGGAGAAGCACAAGCGCAUGAUGGCCCAGCGCGCAGGGCAGGGCUCGGGUAGUACCGCGCAUGCCUCGUCGUCGACCGGCUCGCACCCGCCGCGGCCCAGCGGUUCGCAGCUCUACGCGCCGGUGCUGCCGUCGACCCUCGCUGGCGCCGGCGCCGGCGCGUCGUCGCUCUCGGUCGCGCCCUCUUCGCUCCCCUACGCCUUCUCGACCUCGUCAACCGCCUCGUCAUCGUUCGCGCCUGCCUACGCAUCGUCGUCAUCGUCGUCGCUCGCUCCGACGUUGCCGACGUCGACGUCGGCCAUUGCGAGGCCGUCAGUCAACAGAUCAGCUUUGUCGUCGUCGUCCGGCAGCACCCGAUUGGCCAAGCUCCGCAAGGACAUGCCCGUGCUGGUGCGCCCCGCUGCCGCCCGAACGCCGUCCGCCACUGCCACCACCACGACCGCUGCCACGUCGGCCGCCUCCUUAGCGCCUGCCCCAGGCCAGCAGCAGCAGCGGCAGCGGCAGCUGACAGCAGCCGAUAAGCAGCGGGCCAUGCUGGACCAGCGCAGGAAGCACCUCGAAGACAAGCAGCGACAGCGGGACGAGGCCGAGAAGCGGCGCCACCAGUCGGCUGCCCACGCCGCCCGCCAGGCGGCGAGCCUGGGCCUGGGGCCGGCGCAUUCUGCGAGUGCCGUGGCCGGCGCUCCGCAACAGCAGCAGCAGCAGCAGGUGGCGGUGAUGGGCGGCGGCGGCGGGGUGGAGGAGGAAGAGGACGACAUGGAGGAGGUGGAGUACCGGGAGCUGCAGGGCAAGCCGCGGGACAUUGUGCCGGCGCCCCGCUACCCGACGGUGGCGUUCGACCUCAAGCCCAAGGUCCCGCGCGCCGUGCGACAGGCCGUCCUCGACAAGUUCCUCGAGGAGACGCUCCGCAAACACCACUUCCUCCACUUUGCCCUCGACAGCUGUGCGGGACAGCCAGAUGAUGCCUGGAUGCAGACAGCUAUCGAUGAGGCCGUCCGCCUGGAGACUGAGCAGUACCAAAAAUGCCAGAGCAAGGGCGUCUAUGUGAACCUGUGUGCCAAGGCCAUGCAGGUGCUCAAGCGAGGCGAGUGA